GAAAACCCAAAUUCAACUUGUGUUUGUCGGCUCUCCUCCGAGUCCAUUGUCUUUCUGAUACUGGUAAAUUUCUUCACUCGGUUCCAGAAGAAAACGUUGGUACCCGACCCUUACCCGCAACCAAUGUUCGGGGGUCCUGGAAAGAUGGGCCGGGGCGGCGGCGGGGUAGGCGCCGUGAAAAGGAGCAAUCACGCGCCGCCAAUCGGCCGCGUCGGCCGUCCGUCCAUGGGCAGCGGCCCUCGGGGCCGCGUCGGGGCACCGCCGGCGGCAAUAUCAUCCCCGUCUGCCUCGUCAAUGGAGGUUGAGGAGAGUUUCAGCCUUGUCAGGGAGAAUCCUUUGAAUUUCGGGAUGGCGAUAAAGCUGGCGCCUGACCUGGUGGAGGAGAUCAAGCGCGUGGAGGCACAGGGCGGUGGGGCGCGCAUCAAGUUCGACGUGAACGCCAAUAAUCCUAAUGGAAAUGUUAUUCAUGUUGGAGAUAAAAUUUUCAGAUUCACAUGGUCGAGGGAACCAGGAGACUUGUGUGACAUCUAUGAAGAACGUCAAAGUGGUGAAGAUGGAAAUGGAUUGCUUGUAGAAUCAGGAGGCACUUGGCGUAAGCUGAAUGUAGAGCGAGAAUUAGAUGAAUCAACUAAAAAUCAUGUUAAAAGGCGGUCAGAAGAAGCUGAGCGCAAGCAUAAAUCACGAAAAGCUAUUGUUUUAGACCAUCAAAACCCAUCUAUGAAGAAUCAAGUAAAGGCACUUGCUGCUGCUGAGUCUAAUCCAUGGAGAAAUUUCAAGAACCGGAAAGAACCUCCUUUUAAAAAGGCAAAAUUGGAUCCACCUUUAGGUGGGCCUCCUAAAUCUGCCUAUAAAGCUAGUGUGCCUCCAACAACUCUUUCAAAGUGUAAAAUCUCAUCUGGCUCACCUCUGUCUUCGCAACCAGAACAACACGGUGGGCCAGCGUCCCCAGCUGUAAGUGGGAAUCUUUUGAAGGGACGUGUUGACAUAACCGAUGUCGCACCCACACAAAAUACGAAUAUCAUUUCCAGCUCAGAGAAAGAAACUCCCAGCAAGUUGCCACAUAAUAUUAUCCGAGAGAAAUCUAAACACAGUAGGAACAUGGAGGCCAAACCUGCUGAUUUGAAAAGUUUGGUGAUAUCACUACUUCAGGAGAACCAGUCUAAGGGUAUGAGCCUUAAGGCCUUGGAGAAAGCCGUUGGAGAAGUUAUGCCCAAUUCAGCCCGCCAAAUCGACCCUAUCUUGAAACAAGUCGCAGUUUUUCAAUCUCCUGGGAGAUAUUUAUUGAAGCAAGGACUGGAGAAGGAAAGCAUGAAGAAACCACCUUCUCAAAGUGGAAGUUCCCCCGCCUCCAACCGCCACCAACCACCAUCACCCGAGAAGCCCACCCAGCUCCCCCCACCAACAUCCGACAACCACGACCAACAACAUGGAGAACUCAACAACUCUAUUCCCUCUCCACGCACCGCGAUGCACCCAAUCCCACCCCAACAACAGCACAGCGACAGCAAGGCUCCCCCCGCCGCCGGCAACAACAGCUCGAGCGACGACAGCAGCAGCUCGAGCGACAGCGACAGCAGCUCGAGCCCGAGCCACAGCCGCAGCGACUCCGACAGCGACGACGCGUCUGUCAGCAGCAAGCAGGCGUCUGACGAGGAAGUCGACAUCAUGAGCGACGAGGACCCUCCGCCAGCUGGACCCCACCUGGAGGAGAACAAUAGAGAUGCUCCACAAGAUGACGGCAAUUUCCCAUCUCCCAACUGGUUUAGGACCGGUAACUUGAGCCAGCCGGUUUCGGGUACUAUAAACUCUAUUUUCGGGGAGAGUCCCGAGAAUUCCUCCCCGGACAGGCCCGAUCAGAGCCCGGAGCAGAGACCUGUCGAUGUCAUGGUCGACAUCAUCAACAUGGAUGACGAUGAUGAUGGUAAUGAUGAUAAUGAUCCGAGUAAGAAAAGCAGCAUUUUUCCAGAGGAUGAUGGUUUAGUUGGUGAGAGAAGGCCGGCGAGAUUUUCGUCAGAGGGCAACAAAAGCAGCGUUUUUCCGGUCGAAGAUAGUAGGAAAAAGGAAAACGUCACUAGCAUGGAAGAAAAUAGAUUGCCUGUGGCGAACGGGCGUGGUAGCGUGCUGCGAAGGGAGUACUCGGAUUUGGAGUUGGGCGAGUUUCGGGAGCCGAUUGAGGAUGCUGCUACUACUACCCCUUUUUUGCCGAAGAAGCAUAUUGAGAGGAAGAAUUCUUUCAAACAGAUGGAGAAUAAGGAGUCCGUGUGCAGGAACUCUGAUCAAGGUAGAUUGAAACCACCGAACAGUAAGAUAAAUAUUGAUUCGGGGGCUAAAUCUUCCCCUCGGAAUUCGGAGGCGGUGGUUUCUGGGUGUGCGGAUGGACCACCAUCUAGUAAGAGAAAGGGUUUGGAGAAAAAUGUUGACGAUCACAUAAGACUGCAUAAGAAAAGCAGUAGGCCUGUGGAGCAGCAGCAUAUGCAACCUGGGCCCCAGCACGUUAGAAUAUUGGAAACGGGUAAUAAAAGUAGAUUUGCAGCUGAUGCUGGGCCAGGUAGAGCCCGCAGCUCGGAAGGUCAUCUGGAUGCUUCUAGAAGAAUGUCUGUUGAUUCAACGGAGCAGCAGCAGGUACAGCAUGAUCUUGUUCGAGGAGUUGGUCCCGUUACCACGAAAGUAAGCAAGAAGCAGAAGUCCACUAAUGUGGUGGGCAACUCGAAUGGUAGACGAGUAGAUAAUUCUUUGACAGGCGCCAAUGACAACAGCGGUCAAAAGAAGAAAGAAUUUUCUCCAGACGAAGACAAUUUGUAUGCCAAAUACGAGAAGGAAGAGCCUGAGCUGAAGGGUCCAAUUAAGGAUGCCUCUCAGUACAAUGAAUACGUGAAGGAAUAUCAAGAGAAAUACGAGAGUUAUCGUCACUUGAACAAAAUUUUGGAGGAUUACAGGGAUGAGUUCACUAAAUAUGGGAAGGAUCUCGAGACUUAUAAAGGUAGGGAUACGAAGAGAUAUCAUGACACCUUGAAGCAGAUGAGAUCAUCAUUUCAUCAAUGUGGAGAGAAACAUAAACGGCAGAAGAAAAUAUUUACCGUGCUCCAUGAAGAACUAAAGCAAUUGAAACAGAUGAUCAAGGAUUUUGCAGCCUCGUAUUGACGAGACCGAUUGUUAUAUGAUAUUUGCCCGUUCGAGUUCCAAUAUUUAUCGUUGUUGAUUGUUUCGUUGGUGCAACCUCGUGGGCCCCACCAAAGAUGGUGUCGAUUAAUUGUAGGUUUUUCGAUGGUAAGUCCGAUUAUCUAUGGCUGUGCAGAAUGAAUGGAGGUCUGUUUCAGUUUUGUAUGAUUUGUAAAUAAUGAACUGUACAAUAUUUAUGCAUGUCCGUACAGUAUGAGGUUCUUCUUCUAGUUUCUUAAUCAUAAGUUGGCACUCUGUAUACAGUGCGAUCAAAUUUUGACGUUUUUUUUUUUAUGUUAUAGUUUGGUGUUGGCAGAAAAUUUCUAACGGGAACCAAGGAGGU